AUGUCGUCGUCUUCUAGCUUCCACCCUCACGACGACCCGGAACAGGACCCACCUCAAUGCCCAUUCCUCCAACAUAGCAACAAUACUGCUGCACAAGCGCAAGGGCACCCGAGCUGGCACUUUCUUCCGACCUAUCACUUCGAUCACUUCGACGUACCCGACCCGUCGUUCACUUCGGGUGACACGUACGAACAGGACGGGAGCGCUUUCUACUUCGACAACGCCUACCACACCGAGCCCUCACCUCCAGCGCCGAACUUCCUCGACAACAUCCUCAACCCGGUCGAGACCAACAGCUUCGGGUACCAAUUUAGCGACAGUAACAUGCCAACUUCGCGAGGGCAAGGACGACCGGCGCGUUUGUCCAAUGGCUACGUAGACUUGACAACCGACUCGCCUGAUGUCACCACCGCAAGGUCGCGGAAGACGCAGAGGGAUAGCCCCACGCCGGGUCCGUCCGCCAAAAGGCAAAGGCGAAAUGACGGCACUGCGGCACAGGCAGAGAGUGACUUACCAGCGGCGAUGGUAGAAGAGAUCGACCUUUCCAGCGAAAACAAAACGGUCCAGCAUGUGCUCCAGAAGCAGCGUGAAGAGGCAGUCAAGGCGCAGGCCCUGCCGGAAGAGAAGGCCACGACUUUCAACACCUUCAAUUGUGUCAUAUGCAUGGACACGCCGACGGACUUGACGGCGACAGCCUGUGGUCACCUCUUCUGCCACACCUGCCUUAUGGAGGCUCUCAUUGCCGGAGAGAACCGUGGCAACCCAGGCGAGCAGCGUCGCUCUCAGUGCCCCGUCUGCCGGAAGAACAUCAACCGAUCUAAGGUCUCGGACAUCAUCCCGCUGCUGCUGAAGAAGGGACUAGCCACACAACCUAAGAAGACGAGGCCCAUUAGCGCUAGUGCGGCUACUGCCACAGCAUCAAAGGUAACGUCAUAG